AUGUAUGUAGUUCGUGGUUUAGACUUCUUGGAGCUCACCCCGGAGGAGCCCCCCUGCACCGGCUCCUCCGCGCCGGGAGCGCUGAAACUUCCAGCCGAAGAGCCCAAAGGCAACGCGAGGAUCAAAUCCAUCACCCCGAGGCCUCCGAGGAAACCGCGGCUGGAGCGCGCGGCCUCCCUGGAUGAGAAGAGCUGGAGGAGGUGGAGGCGGUUAAAAACGAGCCAGGAAAGCCUGACCGAUGCCAACGAGACGAGCUCCUCCAACGGCUCCUUGCAGGACGCCCCCCUGGGCCCCGCGGCCGGCGCCCGGGCGGCCCCCUCGGAGCAGAGCUCCUCGCCGGACGCCUCCGACGCGAGUCCCGCGGGGAAGAGCAGAGGCAACGCGGCCGACCUGGGGAAACGGGUGUCCGAGCUCUCGAGCAGCUUCGGGGAGCUCCUGCGAGGCAGGGCGCUCGCGGGCAGCAAGCCCCGGCUGUCCCGGAUAGCGCCCGGCCGGCCCCUGCCGCCCGUGGAGCUCAACGUGGCCUCGCACGCGCUGAGGACGACUAAUAGGAUUGACGCGGACUGCCUGGAUUACCGGCGUCAGCGGCAGCGCGGGCUGGGCAGGGUGAGCAGCAGCUCCAGCGACAGCCGGCUCCACGGCAGCGCCAUGGGCUGUGACAGCUGCUCCACGGACUCCAUGAAGUCGACGGUCAGCCUCCUCGCGCCCAUCCGGGCCAAGGACGUCCGCAGCAG